AUGCAGCGCGCUGGUACCCGUAUACGCCACGGCGGGGCAUUUGGAGGUCCUCAGCGCGCCUGCCCUCACUGCGGCCGCACCUUCAAGCGGUCCGAACACCUUGAACGUCAUAUCCGAACCCGCAUUGACACCAAUGAGAAGGGCUGCUCUGGCCAUCCCUACCCCUCCUCUUUUUUUUAUACCAAGGAGAAGCCAUUCAUAUGUCAUUGCGGGGCUGCUUUUACCCGGCGUGACUUAUUGACGAGACAUCAGCGGAUCCAGUUACACCAGUAUAGCUCCGAGGGACUGGCUGAUGUCUCCUCGGAACAGAGCCAGCAAAUCGGCGGAGAGGCCGAUAUGGCGGCUGCCGCCGCCGCCGCCUCACUCUCCGGCAUGAGUAUGACUCCUUGGGAUAAUCAACCAAGACUGCCAUCCAAUUUAUAUCUUCACGGUCAAGACCCGGUCGAAGUGGAACAACACCGAGAAGCCGCCAUGCAACCAUUCCAGCAACCGCUGCUAUCCCACGAUUUUUUCGACCCAAGUCCAGGUGUCAUAGGUGUUGACCAUUUCAGGGAGUUUGCCGCCUUUCUCGAUGGUGUGGGACUACCAGCUGAGUGGAGUCCAUACUUCCAAAAGCCCGAGCCUGAGCCAGAGAACAGUCUCAUCGACCCGGAAUUACGGGAGUCUAGAGCUACCAGUGUAGCCGCUGCCGGGCGAUCGGGGCGAGCAGGUACCCCCUUCAACUAUUGGCUGCCUUCAGCUCCUGGAGAGGACAGGUUAGCUGAGGCAAACUGCGACACCAGAAUACAUGACAUCAAGAUUGAGGCGCCGCAACCACUGAGGGUUACGGAAGACCAACGCUUCCGCCUCGCUACUCAGCUAGAUUCCUUUCGUAAUGUGGUUGAUCCUGACUUCAGGCUACCUUCUCGACAUACCCUAACCAGAUACAUAACAUCAUACUUCCAAGGGUUUCAUCUUCAUCUACCAUUUAUCCACCAACAAACCUGGCGCAUAGUCGACACCCCCCUGGAACUUGUUUUGGCCGCGGCAACUAUGGGUGCACAAUACUGCUUCGAACAUCGAAAUUCAGAACGGCUUUUUCAAGCAGCAAAAGCCAUCCUUCUUGAGAGAUUGGUUCACGAAACUGGAAACGGGCGCCUUGGCCCAAAGACAAGUGCCGCUCUCAACUUGCACAACAAUCCCUCCCUUGUCGUAUCACUAUCAUCUGCAUCGGAUCGAGACCGGGGUCCUUGGGAACCGAUAGACUCUAUCAGAGCCAUGGUCAUAUUGAUGGGCUUCGCGACCUGGGAGCCGAGAGAACACUUCGUGGCGGAAGCCUUUUCGUUAUCCAGUCUCCUCGUACAGGUCUUGCGCGACGUUGGGUUAGAUGAGGAUGCGGGAACUGAGAACGUAGCCGAGUUCACAAUCCCUCAAGUCGACUGGCUAGCAUGGGUACGACGGGAGUCAAUAAGACGCUCGAAGUUGAUCGCAUUCACUUUCCUCCAUAUUCACAGCGUGGCGUACAAUGUCUAUCCAGUCCUGCGGAGCAAUGAGGUUCGCUUGAGGUUGCCAUGCUCGACAGGUGAGUGGAAAGCGCCGACAGCUUCCCAAUGGCAACUUGCGAGGCGGGACACUUGCAAAGAACAGCUCAACUUUCAGGAUGCAUUAUCCCUUCUUCUCAAGCACUCGAACGGCACGGCAACCUUAGACCCAAUCCCCACUCCUCUUGGUAACUACGUUCUCCUCCAUGGCUUGCUUCAACGUAUUCACAUUGUCCGCGACCUGUCUCUGCCUAUAAUAGAUCAGUCUGCGUCCCUGCCAGCCGAGGAAGUCAACAAGUUAGAACGCGCCCUUCGCUCCUGGACUUCAGGAUGGCAACAAGCCCCUGAGUCGAGUUUAGACCCCAACAACGAUAACGGGCCGAUCCCCUUCACCUCAAGCUCCCUCCUCGGCUUGGCAUAUGUACGCAUAUAUCUCAACCUAGGACCUUACCGCCAACUCGAAACCCGAGAUCCUUCCCGCAUUGCCAGAGCACUUUGUAGGUCUCCCAAAGUGGAGCGUAGUGACGGUGUCAUCUCAGCUUUGCUGUACGCUGCCCAUGCGUUAAGUAUUCCGGUGAGACUGGGUGUCGAUCGAGUUGCUCGAAGCCAAGCUUUCUUUUGGAGUGUGAGACACUCGCUCUCGGGAUUUGAGUGUGCAGUGCUGCUAAGCAAAUGGCUUAAUUCGCUGAAGGACUCGGUGAACGUGGUGCCACUGACUGACAGCGAAGAUCGAAUACUACACUGGGUUCGGUGUAUCGUGGAAGAAGCCUACGCAGUAGUGGACUUUGAAGAGGAUGAACUGGACGUGCAAAGCGAUCCGGCUGGCCUGUCGCAGAAAGUACUGAAAAUCUGGGCCCAUUUCUUCAAGAGUAACACGCAAUGGCCGUUCAUCAAUAUGAUUGGCUUGAGCCUCGAGAGAUAUCGAGACUUGCUUCUUAGAGGCACAGGAUAGCAGAUGCCUUUGAUACCCAACACGCAAAGUGUGCUGAGAUACGGAGAGGAUGCCAUCCGGUCACAAGGAUUGGCAUAUCGCACGGCUGGGGACUGGUAUGAUUCUCAUUGAAGCAGGGGUAGUUCCGCUUAAGGGCGGAGUGCGUUCACCGCUUGCCAGCUGGUCCUCCCUGACAGAGUUUUGUUAGCUCAGCAAGAGGAAAGGCAAGCAGGCGGUCAGAGCGGCUUCGACGGAUGCGGGAAAUGCGCGGGAGCCUAAUUACGCAUACCAUUAAUUUUGGGGUCAUCAUACAUGCGGAGCUUUG